GUAUUAAAACGUGGUAGCGUCACAAUAAGUGAAACAUUAAGUUUUCUGAUUGCAAUAAUGAAAUUAACAGCGCUCUGUUUUGUGGUCCUGGCCUCAGGCGUUUUAGAGAGCACAUGUUCCAGCGUUCCUAGUGGAUUAGGCUUUUUCGGUUCACUUGUGAAGCCUUUUGAACAGGCUGGUGCCGAGUUGAGCGAUGCGUUUAGUUCGGAUAAUUUGAAAGAGACUUUCGAAACUGUGAAAAAGCCAUUGGAAGAUGCAGGUACCGAAGUGCUCAAGGAAUUUUCCCCCGAUAAAAUGAAUGAAAAUUUAGAACCAAUAAUAAAGCCCGCAGAAGAGGCAUACGGGAAUGUGACUGAGGCAUUUAAAAUUGAAAAUUUACAAAACAAUUUAAAAGCACUAGAAAAACCUUUAAACGACGCCCUGACUUCAGUGUACAAUAAUGAUUGUGUUAUAGGAAUCGUUUAUACGCUCGUAAAAAUUUCAGAGAAAUUGUUGCUCGAUGUUAUGGUUUGUCACGAUGGAUCAUUGCUAUAUAUUAAGUAUAUAGUCGAAGCUGCGCAAGAAAUUGUACACAUUGGUAAAGAUCUGCAGCUUGCCCACCAAAAUGUAUGUGAGACGAAUAAAGCAAAAUGCGCAGAGACUUUCACGGUAGGAAUUACUAAAAUGAUAAAACAAAUGUUCAUCAUUUCGGGCGAUGGUGCAUAUCUAAAAUUAAGUAACGGAAUGUGCGCUGCUAAUAUUUUGGUCUCGUUUGCUGAAAAUCUACAAAUUGCGGACUUACAUGACGCCUGUUCAACUUAGUUUAAGCAUUGCUGGGCAAGGAAUUCAUUCAAUAAACUUUAAUCGAUAUUA